GGACAGGUCGCAGGUUGCCUGAAUCUGUCAUUCUGUCACACGCCUUCGUACUACAUGCGACCGUAACAAGUUGGGUACUAAACUGCGCGUGCAUAUGCCAUGAUUUUGUAACCCAUCGCGCCAACCAAUCCUUCUGACUUUUUACUGACUGGCUUGUGAACCUCAGGAGACCUGGCAAAUUGAGUGAUUUGAUUACCGAGGCGGUGAUGUGGUUGAUUGCCAGAAUUACACGGACAUCAGUUGUGGUAUGAAAUGAGAGGUUUGCACCUCUGAGUGAGACCACCUGCGGCAUCUACAAUUUGACAGGAACAAUGGCAGCUCAUUAACACCUUCUUUAUACCCUUUGAGACAAGGAACCCUUCAUAGACCAGUGGUAAUCCAGAGGCUAAUCAGAAGGUGACACCGGAGAAUAUCAAUACUUGAUUAUUACUUCAUUCAUAGCCGCUGUAUUGUCUUCGUUGGAUCUCUUUAACAUCAUGACAGUACAACUCGCCAGCUGAUUGAAUUUUGUGGUAUUACCGAAACAGCAACAUGACAGACGUUAUAACUUGUCAACCUCGGCAAUUUGCAGUUUGAAUUGUGAGGAUGUUAUCCACGAAUGAAUAAACCAUGACGUCAAUUAAAGACAUAAAGGACUGGUUGAUCAACAAAUGCCGAAUACCGAAUAUCCAUGUACAAGUGCCUCUUUCACCACCGGGUAAAGAAAGUUUGGGAUCAUUUGGAUCAAUAGUUACUCCUCAAACAAUACCAGAGUUUGUGAUUCCUGGAUCCAAUGACUCUUCGCGUCAUCCCAGUAUAGGCACUAUAUCCAAUGAUGACGAGCUGUUCAGUCACUCAAGCGAGAACAGCCUUCCCUGUUCGGCUCAAACAAGUCCAGGGGUAUCCCCGAGAGGUUCAUUUUCUGGUCUUGGUGUACCAACAAGCAAGAGUCCAGUUCAUAUUCGGUCUGCCCCUGUCUCUCCUAGACAUGAGAGCAAACGUAUAGCUGAAGCUUUUGGGGCAAGGUCUCUGUCAAAUAUUGUGUAUGUGGAUGUUAAUACUAAUGCAGAUCCUCAGUCGAAAGCAGCUAUGAGUCUGUCCCAUUUCAAGACCAACACAUCCUAUGGUUUCACGACUUUGAAAGAAGUUCCCCACACUAGGCGUAAGGAAUCUUUAUUUCACACAGGUGAUUUAUCGUCUUUACAUUUCAUGCCAGUAAUUGGAUUCCGAAAGGCAGCUUCUUUAGACCACACAACUGGCCCCACAUUCCAGGACUUAAAGCGGAACUCAGUGGAUCAUAGCAUUCGGCCUACUGUUGUGAAUUUUGCUUGUGUGGAUGAGGAUAAUCUACCGAGGAGGGAAAGUAGCAGACGCUCUCUGAAGUACUAUAGGCGAAGGUCUUCUUUACCUGGAUUGGCUGAACAGUCCAAAUCUAGUGAUGGAAUGGAUGACUCAAAUGAGGAUAGUAGCUCAAACGAAAAUAUUCCAACAUGUCAAAGCAAAGGAACGACAUACCUGUCACCGAAAGAUCGCUCUACAGCCAAACGCCAUUCCUCGCCUGACUUUUCACCCACUACCACUCACCACCCUUUCUUCAAUGACGGUCAAGCUAGAUCGUCCUCGGUAAACAGUCUCAUUGUGCCUGGGAGCUCAUUCCCCUUGAAACAGAAACCUGUAUUUGGAGAGCUUAAAUUUGCGUUCCAUUAUUUGCCAGAUACGAGGCAACUGAAAGUUUUAUUGAUAAGAGGCGAGAACCUCGGAGGACAUCAUCGACUUGACUGUCAUCUGAAUGUGUUUGCUAAGCUAUAUCUUAUGCCCGGCAAAGUUCAGAAACAAACAUCGGAAAUAACUAAACAUUCCAAAGACCCUGUUUUCAACGAAGAGAUCUUCUUUAAUGAUCAGUCGUUUGAAGUGUUGCAGAAGAUGACACUAAGAAUUAAACUCUACAACAAAGGACAUCUCAAGCCCAAUGAGUAUCUGGGGGAACUUAACAUGGCUCUUGGGAAAUUCGAUCUGUUUCAAGAAAAUCGGAUGUGGCGGGACAUCGAGCCGAAACGGGAAGGCGAGGAGGAUCUAGGGCAUCUUCAAGUGACUUUGCAAAUCGAUGCCCAGCAAAAACAGCUAAAGGUGACAAUUGGUCAAGCAACACGUCUGCCACAUCAUCAGAUCACAGGACCUCCAGAUCCUUAUGUUCGAGUGGAAUUAAGCCAACCUGGUGAGGAACCAACACGUCUCCAAACCCGCGUUCGACGCAAGACGUCCCAUCCGGUGUUUAAAGAAGCGUUGACGUUCGACAUAUGCAGCGUCAGACCCGAUGUCCUACGUUGCAUGUCAGUCUGUGUAACAGUCCUGGACCAUGACCGUAUUCGAAGUGACAGUGUCAUUGGUCAAGUGCGAUUUGGGUGUGAUGCAACGGAAGACAGCGAAAUUCUCCACUGGCGAGAAAUUACACAGAACAUGGGUUGUGGGGUGAUUCGUUGGCAUUACAUUAUGGAAUCGGCGGAAGAAUACUACUAAAGUAUCCCGGCCUUUAGUUGAGUAAAAGCCGAACAAUUGUAUCAAAGGUUUAUCAUACCGCUUUCUCAUAUUUUUCUACAUGAAUAUUGUGAACAGUAAACUAAGUUUUCUACCUUAAGGUAAGAACUGUUCUUACACUGCGAUAUUUUCCUAUACCUCGUCUUCGUUUUAGAGGGACAGCUAUCACUCAAAUGCAAGAUGAUAUACUCUUUUAGCUACUCACAAUGCUUGCUUUGUCAUACGAUUGUCUCUUUGGGUUUUGUUACUGACAAUGUUCACUGUUACAAAUAUUGGGUUCACAGUAUAAUUAGUAUAAUUACACGUGUACUUUAAUAAUACAAAUGCGUUCUCCCGAAAUAUCAUAUGCUAUAUAUUCGACAAAUUCAGAAACAAUGGAUGAAACAAUGAAAUGUCAAUGUUUGGACCGCGAAGGUCAUUUGUAUUAUUGUUUAAUUCACUUACGUAAAAGCCGAAUUGCACGUCAUGAGGCUUCAGGCAAUGUUUCUUUAUCUGUUCAUUAUAUUCAUAAAGUCAUCCUCUGUUAUAACUAUUUUAUU